AAAGAUCACCCUACAUAGAGAUGACAGCCCCGGAUAACCGUAUACGUGUGGUAUCUCAUCUGCAUCUAUGGGGAGCACGUUGCGAUCGUGCAGGCAUUAUAAGUGGAUGAUCUAGCAUCAUUCAUGCAAGCCAUCGGAAGAGGGCGUUAUCGCAUGCCUUGUGAAUAGCUACCUGCUGCUGUGUGUUAUCGUCGAUUCAGCACCAUGGUGGAUGCCGUGACGUUGCUGGAUACCACCGCAGUUUACCGACCGCCUCCGCCUCCGCGUGGAGAGCCGCUAUAGGGGCGGCGGAUUGUGACGGACGACAACGAAAAUGCUGUCGACACAUUCUGUUCGAGGCCCGCUUCAUUUACUCAUAUACCAUACAUAAUCCCCGCAAUUGUGAGGGUUGCUUGAGGUAGAUGGUGGGUAUAUAAAUAGGCCUCGAUACUAGCGACUCGGCACAUCAAGCGAUAGUCGUAUGCCUGACUCAGUCGAUCGAUUCAUCACUUAGCCCUUGACAACUUUUAAAAUUCAACACCAUGACUGUUGUCAAUGAUAUAUUAUCCAAGAUACCCUCUCGUGAAGAAGUGGUAGAGAUUCUGACAAUCCGCAAUGCCCUUAUCCUCCUCGGCGGCUGGAUGGUCUACCAACUGCUACGGGCAGCAUGGAAUAUCUCUCCAUUCCACCCUCUCAGCCGGUUUCCUGGUCCUAAAUUGGCGGCGGCGACAUACCUUCCUGAGUUUUGGUACGACUGUGUGAGGUUUGGGCGGUAUACUCAUGAGAUAAAAAGAAUGCAUGAGAUUUAUGGCCCCAUGGUUCGUAUAAAUCCAGAUGAGAUUCACUGUAGCGACUUCAAUUUUGUCGACUCCAUCUAUGCGGCGGGUGGCAGGAAGCGUGAUAAGCCAACUCACCAAACCAGAGGUUCACCCUUUGCAGGGUCCGGUUUCAUGACCACGCCCCACGACCACCAUCGCCUCCGGCGCGCACCCUUAGUCAAAUACUUCUCCAAGCCUCAGAUUUCUCAGUACGAGCCUCAAAUCCGAGAGUACGCCCAGCGCCUCUGCGAGAAGCUCCUCAGCGGUGUGAACAAAGGCGAGCCUUUCCUGAUCCAGGAGGCUUACAGCUGCUUCACGUCGGACGUCAUAUCGGGUUAUUGCUUCGGCCAGAGCUUCAACUUUCUCGAGCGAGACGGGUGGGCGCCCAACUUUCGUGGGCCGCUGUACGCGCUUUUGAACAUAACAUAUAUCUGCCGUUUCUUCCCCAUGUUCAAGCAUUCUCUCUUGGCGAUGCCAUGGCUCUUGAAUUACUUACCCGCGGGCAUGUCCCUGAUGAUCAAGACGCUGCGAGUUGACAUCCCGAACAACGUCAAGCAAACAAAAGCCAACUCAGACGCGGGCGUCAUCGACGAAAAGUACCCCACCAUCUUCAAAGAGCUGCUGCACUCGGACCUCCCCGCCGCGGAGAAAACGCCCGACCGCAUCGUCGGCGAGGCCGUCACCGUGCUCAGCGGCGGCACCGAGACCGUCAGCUGGACGCUGUCGGUCAUAACCUACUUCCUGCUGGCGCAGCCGCGCACGCUCGCGCGCCUCGCCGACGAGCUGCGCGCCGCCGUCCCGGACCCCUUGCGCAUUCCCCCGUGGUCCGACCUCGAGAAGCUGCCGUACCUGUCCGCCGUCGUGCAGGAGGGGCUGAGGCUCUCGUACGGUGUCUCCAGCCGCACGGCGCGCGCCGCGACCGAGGAGGACCUCGUGUAUAGCGGGGAGUGGAAAGGCGGCAAGGUCGAGCAUGUGGUUCCGCGCGGGUAUGCGGUGGGGAUGAGCACGUAUCUAAUUCACCAUGACGAGAGCCUUUUCCCGGACUCGUUUAAGUUUGCGCCGGAGCGGUGGUUGGAUGGGGAGGGGAAGAGGAGGAGGGAUUUGGAUCGCUGUUUGAUGGCGUUUAAUAAGGGGACGAGGAUAUGCUUGGGCAUGAAUCUGGCGCUCUGCGAGAUGUACACUAUUGUCGCGACUUUUACGCUGCGAGUCUUCCCGCAUAUGCGGUUAUACGAGACGACCGAGGACGAUGUCCGAUACGACCACGACGUCAUCGUUUCCGGAGUGAGGAGUGAUAGUAAGGGGGUAAGAGUGGUUCUUGUGUAAAAAGGUACACAGACCAAGUACCUAUAAAAGUGGAGUGGUAGUUAGUUAUGACAAUAUUUUAGGAGGGUGACUCAGCAUCUCAAGGUUCGUCGUCGCCAGAACAACG